AUGUCUCACAUUCCCAAUGGGUUGCCAAGUGGUUCAGAGUCUCUCCAAACACCUGCUACUCGCGUUGCUAACGGCGAGACCCCUCCUAACUGGAUCCCUUGUACCGACCAACCAGUUUAUGCGCGACGCAAACUAAGGAUAAUCUGUAUUGGCGCUGGUUACUCGGGGCUGACCCUUGCCCACAAGAUUGAUCAUGAACUGCAGCUCGGCGAUGUCGUCCAAUUGAAGAUCUACGAGAAGAAUCCUCAGGUCGGCGGAACAUGGUUCGAGAACACCUAUCCAGGUGUAGCUUGUGAUAUUCCGGCUCAUGCAUACACGUUUUCAUUCGAGCCUAAUCCAAACUGGUCCCAUUUCUAUGCACCCGGUCAUGAGAUUGGGGACUAUAUUCAACGAGCGACAAAGAAAUGGAAUUUGGACAAAGACAUCCAGUUCAACAGCCGUGUUACUGAGGCUGCGUGGGAUGAUGAGUUGGGAAAGUGGAAAGUGGUGGUGGACCAAGCUGGCACAAUCAUACAUGACGAAGCCGAUAUUUUGGUCAAUGCGUCCGGCUUUUUGAACAAAACCAACUGGCCUGACAUUGAGGGACUCUCGAGUUUCAAGGGCAAAUUGCUUCACACUUCGACCUGGGAUAACACCUACGACUGGUCAAACAAACGUGUUGCAGUCAUUGGCAAUGGCUCCUCCGGAAUUCAAUGCGUGAGUGCAAUGCAGCCGAAGGUCGCUCAGCUUGUCAACUUUGUGCGCAAUCCGACCUGGCUUUCUGUCAACUUUUGCGCGGAUAAGACCAAAGAUGGGAAUAAUUUUCCCUACACAGAAGAGGAGAAAGCACACUUUGCGGAAGAUAGCGAGGCUCAUUUCAAGUACCGAAGAGAGUUAGAAGCCAGUGUCAAUGCAUUCUUUUAUGGAAUGUAUAAAGGUCACCCGAUGCAAGUGGGAUUGGAAGAGAUAUGCCGGCAGCAGAUGACGGAGCAAAUGAAAGGAUACCCUGACCGAGAACUUGUGUCGAAGAUGCUUUCUCUCGAGUUCAGUCCUGGCUGCCGUCGCUUGACACCAGGGAGUGGAUAUCUGGAGGCAUUUACCAACGACAACGCAACUCUCACAUUCGAUCCUAUUGAGCGUAUCACAGAACUGGGUAUCAAAACGGUCACCGGUGAUGAGCAACAAUUUGACGUGAUAGUCUGCGCCACCGGAUUUGACACAUCCUUUAUUCCACCUUGGAAGAUGGUUGGUCGCCAUGGAGCCACAUUGGAAGAGCGAUGGAAAUAUAACCCCGAGGCUUUCUUUGCGGUCCAAGUGGACACAAUGCCCAACUAUUUUAUCUUCAACGGGCCCAAUUGCCCUGUCUCCCAUGGCUCGCUUCUGACGCAAGUCUCCUGGACAUGCGAUUACAUUCUUCGCUGGGCCAAGAAGAUCGCUACGGAGGAUAUCAAGUCAAUUGAUGUCAAGAAAGAAGCCAUGGAAGACUACAAUGUUUACUGUCAAGAGUUCCUCAAGCGUAUGGUCUGGUCGGAUAACUGUAAGAGCUGGUACAAGAACGGAAAAAGCUCCGGCCAUGUCACCGGGGUAUAUCCGGGCUCGGUUUUGCACUUCAAGGACUGCCUUGAAAACAUUGGAGGGGAGCAUUUCAAUAUUGAAUACCGCUCCAAGAACCGCUUCCGAUUCCUAGGAAACGGUGAAAGUGUGCGUGACCAGCAUGGAGCAGGUGAUUUGGCGUGGUAUAUGGACGAUGUGAAAGCCUCUAUACCGCCAGUUCGAACUACUGGGGUGGUUGCUUACAUCUCUAGUAUAGUGAAA